CACAGAUCAGUCUUUGAAAUUAGUCUUCUUUGGCUUUCUUUGUGGUACGCGAAGGUUAUGUUAAGUUAAACGUUAAUUUGAAAAAUAUAGUUUUGUUAAAGUGAGAUAUGCGUUUUAUGAAAUCGAAAUUAAAAAAAAUUGUCAAGUCGUGAUUUUAUGAAAAAAUGGAUAUAAAGGAAAUAGAAAUUCCAAUUUUUCUGCAUCCCCACUUAUUUUGGAUAUUUUGGAGGAAAGACAGUAAAAAAAGAAUUCAACUACAAAAUGACCUCGCUAAGGAAUAUUCUGGGAUAGAUCAAAAAUAUGAAGAAUUUAAUAUCGGAGAGAUUGUUGUGGUGAGGAAAAAUCUCAUUUGGAAAAGAGCUGCAAUAGAAAAUAAAGUUGAAGGUAAUACAUAUGAAGUUUGGCUAAUAGAUUAUGGUCAUUUGGAGCACACUAGUACAGUUUAUAAAUUGAAUCCAAAAUUUGACUUGACUAAACUGCCACCUCUUAUUCAUGAAGCUUGUUUAUCGAAUGUUGUUUUCCUGAAUGAGGGUUUAAAUAUUGAAGAUAACUCAAUUGUUCAACAAAAAAAUACUCUUCCAAAUGCUGGAGCCACAAUCAAUGCUCUUCAGUGUAUGGGCGACUACCAGUUAUUCUUCAAAAAAAUUAAAGAAGUCAACAAAACAGUUUUUGGUGAUAUCAUGUACAAGAAAGAUGGUGAAACUUCUUCUUUGUCCAAAGCUCUCAUUGAUAAAAAUCUAAUGAUAGAAGAUCCAGAACUUUUUGCCAAAGUUGAAUUAAUUAGAACAAAUUACAAGGUUUUAUAUUCAGCAGCUUUAAGACAAGCCAGCAAAAAACAUGAGGAUUCCAGGUUUUCUUUUGAUUUAUCGCUAUUAAUGGAUGAAGUUUUCAUGAGAAGUACAUCAAGGGGGAUUUCUCUUGUAAAUAAUAGCCAAUUACAAUCUAGUAAAUCAAAUACUUCACUAAAAGCAAUAUCUAAAAGUGAAAUAAUAAAAAACUUGAGGAAAAAAUCUGAAGAACGAAAAAUGGAAUUGUUAAGCUGUACUGAUUCAGAGAGAGAGGAUAUGCAGGUAGAAGGUGGAAGAACUCCUUCAGUAAAUAUGGAUAAGCAGUUUUCAAAAGCGUCAGUACUGAAGAGAUUGAUAAAUCGUAGAAAAGCGGCUCUGGAAUCUAAAAAUCAAUCCUGUACUGACGAAGUAACUAGUGGUUCAGAAGCAAAUGUUAAUAGAGAUAAUAGCACUUCUGUUGCUUCAAAGUUAGCUGCCUUGAAGCUGAGAACUAGAAAAACACAAGCAAAAGAAGAUCUUAUCGACACUACAGGUGGACAAUCAAAAGGUGAGGUAAUUGAACCAAAGCUACUGAAGUCAGAAAAUGCUAUAUUUAUGCCUGGAGGAAUGAGAUCUAUGCCAAAUAAGAAGAAAAAGUCUAGUGAUGCAUCAUCAAUUUCUGAGAGAAGUGAUUCAGGGAAAUUAAUUACGAAUAAAACAUGUACAUCUAAAAAAGAAUUUGAGGUGAAGGAAGAGAUCAAUAAAAGUACAAAAGCAGAACAUUUCCCCCAUUCAAGAAAUAUAAUGAUUAGAAAACUGGUAGAAAGAACUAAAAAUGUAUUGAGUAAUACAAGUGAUGCUUCCGAUUCAGAUAUGAUAAGAAAUAAAGAAUCUCAAAAGUGUUUCAUUGAAAAAAAUACUUCUAAUAUCCGUGAAAAUGACGCACCUUGUGAAGAAUCAAUAAGUGGAAACAUUACUGAAGAUCCUUUAAUGAACAAAAGAAAUAACAGUAUAGAAUCAAAUACCACUCUUAACUCGGAUCUUGAAAAUAGCAGAAAAAGCUCAGAAGAGCAAAAAAAAGCUGAAACAGAUAGGGAGGGUAUAGAUGAUCCUACUAAACCACAAAAUGCUGUAGAUUCCCAGAUGGUGGUUACUCCAUUUUGCAACUGUAGUCAGUGUAAAUUUUGGACUUCAUCUGAAGGUUGGGAUAUUGGAAACGAAAAUUUUACCGAAGAAGAAAAAUGUAGAAAAAAACAAAUGAGGCCACCUAGUCUUAUGUUGAAGGAACCUAGAGAGGAAGAUAUAAAAUUAGCCUCGGUGGAUUAUAAAUUUAUGACUAAACUUGAGAAGAACGCUAGCUUCAAAAUCUUGGUGCAUGGUCGAUUGAUACCACCAGCUGUUGAUCGGGUGGUCGAAGCUCCUUUUCAUCCUGCCAUUCACAGAACUCUCAGCAAGCUUAAAUACGUCCGAACCAAAAAAAUUCAGUCCUAUAUCUGGCCAGCCAUAACUCGUUCAAUGAAUGUAUUUUAUGUUAACAGAAAAAAAUCUGGAAAGACCUUAGCUUACCUACCCCCUCUUUGCUCUUUUUUGAUAGAAAGAGAAGAAAGAUACAGUGAUUUGAAAAAAGGAGGUCCUAUAGCUAUUGUUCUGGGAAAGACUUCAACUGAAUGUGAGGAGAUCUACGAUUUGGCAAAUAAAUUGGUUGAAGGAGGUGGUCACAACAAACCGAGGAUAUUGUUAGUGACUUAUCCAUUUCAAUUUGUUAACUUGAGUUCGGUAGACAUGCUCAUUACCAUUCCUCCAAUUUUAAUUGAACUAUUGAAAAAAAAUGCUACAAACUUCAAGCGGCUCUGUCAUCUUGUUCUUGAAAAUUUAGAUGUUCUGCUUCUGAAAUACAAUGAUGAAAUGAAAUCCAUCAUUGCAGCAAUUGAAAGUAUGCUGUUACAAAGAACUAUUCGACAGAACGUUCAAAUGAUUAUGAAUGGUGAACAUUGGACAUUGAAAGUUGAGAAAUUUCUUAUAGAUCUAAGAGAUACACCACUAAUAUCUAUAGGGGAUUAUUUAGAAGCUGCUAUUUAUGGAGGAAUCAAAUUAAAGGUCAAGUUGUUAGAAGAGAAGGCCAAAUGUGAUGCUGUUGUUGAUAUAUUGAAGGAUAAAUGGAAAUAUUAUAAAUCAAUAAUAAUAUGCAAUGCGAAUGAGGAAAUAGAAAAAUUGAAGACUGUCUUAGAUUUGGCCAGUAUUACUUACAUACCUAUAACUGAUGACCUUACUACCGAGCAAAUUUAUCAGAAUGAAAGCAAUUGGGAAAGUAAUUGUGCAGGCCAAUAUAAUGUUUUAAUUUGUACUGAUGUAGUCCUACACACAAUGCUGUCUAUUACUAGUGCUUCCCUAAUAAUCCAUUUCUCAUUACCAUCUAAGUGGAGCUUGUGGCUGAAGAGAUUUUAUUGUCUUCUUGAAAAUUAUACAAGCCCUCUUACAAAGAAAAAGGAUAAUUUGAAAUGUGAAGGGUACAUUUUAACAGAUGAGUUGUGUGUGGACCAAAUACCCAGAUUGCUAUUGCUCUUGAAGAACUAUAAUGUUUCUUUAAACCAAUUUGAACCUGUGUGUAAGCAAAUGGAGGUAGAAAAGGAAGAGGUCAAAAUUGCAGCUGAAUUACCAUUGUGCUCUUCUUUAAAACAGUUCGGUUAUUGUCACACCGUUAGUUGUCCUGAUAGACAUCUUCUUGAUCGUGAAUUGGAUUGCAAUUCUUCGUUGCCUCAGAAUGGAACUAUAAAAUUCAAAAUUUUGAAAUUAAUUGAUGUAAAUCACUUGAAAGUUUUCAUUAUAGAGCAUAAAGAUAUUGAAGGAAAGAUAACAAAUUAUAAGUCGCAAAAAGGCCUUGAGGAUGAGAAACUGACGUCAUUAUUGAAAGUAAAGAAAGAAAGAGCUGAAAGCAUCAAGGAAAAAUCGUCUUAUGCAUAUUGGGAUGAAGAAGACUUCAAUGAUAUGUUUCGAGAAUGUUUAGUAGAAAAAAUAAAAAAUGAUGUGGUGGAUAUAUUAGUAAUAGACAAUGGAAAAAGAACAACCGUAAGCAAGAGUAAAAUCUUCAAGUUACCGGAUGAAUUCAACAAGAAAAAUGAUAUAAAUUCUUGUUCAACUAAUGUUAUUAUAGCCAAUUUCAAACCUCCCUACAAAGAUGAAAAUUUUUCGGCAAGAGCUUUUUUCAAACUUAAUGGCUUCAUAGAAGAUAUUGGAUAUAAUGAUAGUAUUUUUGUUUCUAACAUUUGUUUGCAACUUGGUGAUACCAUUUGGGUCAAUACUAUAAGUGAAGAAAUCAAAGUAUUCAACCUAGAUUUGCAAAAAUCAAAUUUAUCUAAGGAAUUAGUUAAACGAAAAUUAGCAGAAAUAAAUCUGGAACAUAUGGAAAAUCUUUAUUCGGAGUGUAAAUCAGCAGGGAUUGUUUUACCAAAAUAUGAUAUUCCCAUUGAGGAGAAGCUCCUUCGAGAACCUCCACAAGAGAAACCACAAUGGGCAUUCUUAGAAAUGAAUGAUUACAACAAGGUUUAUUUCUCAAGCGCAGUUUCCCUAAAUGAAAUAUAUGUCAGAUUAGCGAAAUUCGAUUCUUUACUCAUUAAUUUGGAAAAAGAUAUGACUGAAGUGGCGAUUCGACAAGGAUCCAAGCAAAAUUUUGCUAUAAUUGAAGGAAGGUACUACCUUGCUAAAGAGCCAGUAGAAGAUAGAUACACACGUGUGCUUAUAAUACGCAUCAAAGGUGAUAAUGCACUGUGUUUCUCAGUGGAUUAUGGUGAUGAGGCUGUAGUCCCCUUAAAAGAUAUCAGAUAUCUAUCCAAUUAUUUGAUUAAAAAACUACCUUUCCAAGCUAUUCAAUGCAGAUUAUUUGGUAUCUCGCCUAUAGAAGGUGAUGAUGCAGUGGAUAUUUUAUACAAAAAAUUCACAUUUGAGACCGAUUCAAAGUUCUACAGGACUUUAUAUGCACAAUGUGUACUUUAUGAAAAAGGAGUAAACAAAGGACAAUCAUUUUUCUCAAUUCUGCUCAAGGAUGUGGUUGAAAAACCAAUUUUGUUAAACCAACUAUUUAUAGAUUGUGGUUGGGCCGCCUUAAUUCCUGGUGCUACAAUCAGAGAUUUUGAAGUUUUAUUCACAGAAUCUGAAGAGGAUAGUUAUACAGAAGAAGAAAGUAAUGAUAUAGAAAAAAUUAAGGAAAUCGUCGAAACCUCUAAAUCGAUUUCUUCAAAUCAUAUUGUCCCCAAAAGGCCACUGAAUAAUUUCGAAUACAAGGAAGACAAUGAUGAAUUAGAAUUCUUUUUUGGCUCAGGGGAUGAGGUUGAUAAUUUUAUUGAUUUUAUGAAUAAGAUGAAUAAUACAUCAAAAGAAGUGGAAAGUGAAAGUAAAGUGUGCAAUACACUUCCAGCCAUUGAAGCAGCACCAUUUGAAGUAGAUUAUUUCACACCUGAUGUAUAUUGGUCUCAAACAAAAAAGAAGAUUGAAAUGGUUAUAAGACUUCCUAAUGUGAAAACUUAUAAUGUUAAAGUACUGAAGUCAAAUAUUUUCAAUUUUCAAACUACUGUUGAUGAAAAAAAAUAUGUAGUGAACCUUGUUUUGUACCAAAGUGUUGAAAAGGAGUUUACUCAUAAACUAGGAGGAUUAGAUGUUAAAAUUAUUUUGAAUAAAAACAAAGAGGAAGAAUGGCCCAAAUUAUCUAGAAGUAAAAAUCGACUUCGAAAUGUCCAUUAUUUGCUUAGCAAAGAAGAGUUGGAAGAAGAUGAGGAUGAUGGAAAAUUGUUCUUAGAUUUGGGUAAAGAUCUAGCAGAUAUAUCCGAAAGUGAAUCUGACGAUGCUAUCUUUGAUGUUUAUUCAGACAGAGACAGUGAAUAUGAACUUGAUCUUCCAGAAGAUGUGGAACUGUAAAUACAUCUAGCGUUAAGAAAACAAAUUUUAGUUUUACACUUUUUCAAAUCUUUUUCUAGAAAAUCUUAUUUUUAUACGAAUGAUUACUUUAUUACUUUUCAUAUUAGGACAAAAAAAUUGUUGAAUAUGUUUAUUACGUUUUUAAAUAAUUAUUAAUUGAUAACUAUUCUUGUUUUUUUUUUGGCAAAAGCCAGUGUUGUUGCUCAAUAAAAAUAUUUUAGUAA